GGAGGGCGGCCAACCUGCUGACGACGGGCAAAGCGGCCAUGGUGGGGAGGUGGAGGGCGACCAUGGUGGGGAGGCCGGCUGUGCGGCGGUCUCAGCCUUGCGUUGUAAAGGCGCAACACCGGAGCAAGGCCAAGUAUCACCGAGGGAUACGGCUACAUCGGCUUGUCUAGAUGGGAUGGAUCAAAAUUCAACUUAUGUGCUGAAAAUCAAUUUGCUUGGCAGCCCAAAAAAGGCUAGAAAGGAUAUCAAAUGCUUCUGUUUUGAUAAGGUUAUUGAUUCCGACUUAACAAAUUAUAAGGACUUGGUUGAAUCAAUCGUAGAGCAGUACUCGCCUCGUUAUUUGGAAGUUGCACAUGUUCAGUAUUAUGAUGAUGUUCUUAAAAUCUACCCUGAAGUAACAUCUGACCAAGAAUUGGUGUCGAUGUUUGAGAAACACUCUAAGACAAAGGUUGUGCAUAUGUUUGUUGCGUAUUGUGAUCCAUCGGAACCAUAUGAGCCUAUAACGGAGUGGCAUAGUGAUGCGCAUAGCCAACCUAACAACAUAGAACAAGAUGAUGAUGAUGAUUAUCUUCGCAACCCAGUACCUGAGAAUGAGCAUGUUGGUGUUGAUGAGGAAAAUAUUUAUUUAGAGGAUGAACCUGUACCUCUUAUCAUGGUUCCUUGUUCCAACAAAGAAAAGGACAAAGACUAUGUUCCUGAUCAUGAGAGCGAGGCUGAGAGCGAGGUUGAGAGCGAGGAUGAGAGCAUGUUCGAGGUUGAAGUAGAGGAAGAUGAGGAAUAUCACGAGGCAGAUCAUGCACCACACAUUGAAUAUAAUAAAUUAGAUCCUCCAAUGAACGAAGGAAGAAAAUAUCCCAAUAUGGCAGAGUUUAAAUUGGCGCUUUCUCAGCAUGCAAUCAAACAUGAAUUUGAGUUUGAUACCGAAAAGAGUGCACCACAUAGGUUCAGAGCUUAUUGUUCAAGAAGGGAUGAAGAUAAGUGUCCAUGGAGGAUAUAUGCUUCUAUAAUGGAAGAUGAGUGCACAGUAAUGGUGAGAAAGAACCCUUGUGGUCAUGAUUGCUCUAGUACAAAAAGAAAAAAGAAGUUGAAGAAUGCAAACAAGCGGUGGAUAUGUGAGCACGUGAAGGACUGGUUAAUUGAGGAUGCAACUCUAGGACCAGAGGCAUUGCGAAAGAAGCUUAAAGAGCAUCAUGGAAUCGACAUCAACUCUAAGAGAGUCUAUAUGGUGAUGACAGGUGUAAAAGAAGUGUUCCCAGAGGCUGAACAUAGGGAAUGUAUGUUUCACUUGGUGUCCAACUUCAAGAAGAAGUUUCAUGGAAAGGCGUUUGAUGACCACCUUUGGGCUGCUGCUUACUCAUGGAACCCAUAUAUAUUUGAAAAAAAUUGGGCUGCAAUGGACAUAGCAAAGCCAGCGGCAACUGCAUAUCUUAGGAGGUGGCACACUAGGUUGUGGUCUAGGAGUCAGUUCUCAACAAUUUCCAAGGUGGAUUAUGUUACAAACAACUUGGCUGAGUGCUUCAAUAAUUGGAUUAAGCAUCACAAGUCCUUGAACUUGGAUGACUUCUUUGAUAAGGUUAGGCAGAUGAUUAUGAUCAUGUGGAACCGAAGGAGGAAAGUAGCAAGGAAGUUGGUUGGGUUGAUUCUUCCCCACAUAAUUAAGAAGUUGAAUGCAAAGACUAGAGAAUUAAACUUGGAGGUGGUAGAAAGCUCAGAAGAAGUCGCUGAAGUGACAGCAUUGGGAGGCAGCGGCUUUAGGUUUGUGGUCAACUUGCUUGACAGGACAUGUUCUUGUAGACAAUGGCAAGUUUCUGGCCUUCCUUGCAAGCAUGGUCUAGCAUUUAUCACAUCUCUUAUCAAUGCACACAUACAGAAUUAUGUGGACUUGUAUUACUCCAUUGACAAAUUUAGGGCAGCCUAUGACCAACUAAUUCCUGCCAUGGUUGACAAGAACCAAUGGCCUAAAUCUGACCAUGGAUUCUUCAUGUUUCCACCACUACUAAAAUCCACGGCGGGUAGGCAUAAAACUGAGAGGUAUAAAGGCUGCAGUGAGAAGAAAAGAAAAGGCGGCCAACACUUAUGCCCUAUUUGUAAGGACUAUGGGCAUCAUUGGCAUAAAUGCAAGAAGGGUAACCCAGAUGACAUUGCUGCUAUUUUAGCUGUGAGAGGACCACCAAAGAAGAGGGCAAAGACCACCAAAGCAUCAAUUGUGCCUUGCGAGGAUGAUGCUCCAGCAGCCUCUAUGUGCUUUCCGCCAAGCCAAAGCUUGGAACCUACAACUACGAAAAAGAGAAAACAUGAUAACUCAAUUACUGGAGCAUCAAAAAGCCAAAUGUUGGAGAAAACAACUAAGGAAAAAGGGAAAGGGAGUAAAUCUGGAUCUACAGUAGCAAAAAGAUCAACAACUCAACCCAUUUGUGUGGCCAACAAGAAAGCAUCUGUUGCUUUGAAAUUACAUGCCAAAAGAAAAGGCAAAGAGGUUGCUGAUAAGUUGCCACACCUUCCUAUGGUGCCACAUGAUAGCCCUGCAAUGGGCACACGUAGCAAAAAAAUGAAUCCUGCCAGCCCUGCAAUGAGCACACAAAGCAAAAGGAGGCUUAGCUUGUGAUUCUCAUUGGAUCCCUUUCCAUAUCAUGGUUCAUUUGGGAAACUUUUGAGCUGUUUAUGUAAUAUAUAUGUGAACCUGGGCUUUUGUAAGUGCUAUAUGUGACCUUCAUGUGUUGUAUUUGACAUGAUGUGAACCUGGACUAUUAUAUGUGAACUCUAUGUGAACCUGAAUGUGUGUAGAGGACUAAAUAUGUGGACUAUUUCCGUAUAUGUGA